CUCACAGCAGGAUCAGGAUCCUCAUUACGAACAACAACGAAUAAUCACUACCAUUCUCCACAUACACCCCUACCUCACUCACACUUUGUACUCCCACCAAACGCCACACGACAAACUCUUGUGUCCCAACUUUGCGCGUCGACGCGAGGGAACAUCAACCAAACAAUCCACCAACCUAUCCGAGACAUCUAAUCUCUCUCUCCAAUCCACAAUAACCAACACUCUACUGCGCUGGUCGCGUCAAACUCUCUACACACACAAAAUACCAGCCAUGUCUCCCAAGCAGUCAGACUCUUACUACCUGCUCCCCAACCUACAAGCCAUGGACCCUUCAGCCGACGAGCUUGACCUCAACGCCCAGGCGUGGAUCCAGCCCAUCAUCAUCGAGGAUGAAGACCUCAUGUUUGGCGGAAAGCCGCUGAGCGCCUGGUACGAGGAGGACCGCUCGCGCCUGAGCAGCACCAGCAGCAACAGCAGCGACGAUGGCAACCAGAGCCCCGAGGAGGAGGAGGAGCGUCGAGGACGAGAGCGCACGAGGAGGCACCACCACGACAGCAAGGCGCUGAAGAAGCCGCACCGAAAGUGAAUCACAACAUAACAGCUUCGCUACAACGACUCCGUGUCUUGGGUGGCGGAGGAUGGGGAGGGCCUGCUUGAUGCAUGGCUUCCAUCCAUCCUCUGCAUGGCUUCUCUUUAGCUAGAUGCAAGUUAUCACGCCCUGCACACUCAACUCAUCCUCAGCUGCGCCAACAAGCAUCUCCCUACUCGACAUCUCUAUCCUCCUCCUUAUUUAUAUCACGACUACGCCGGCCUUUCUUUCAUCACCACAUACCCAGCUACAACAUUUCAUCGCUUUAGACCAUCGACUGCGGGAAAGAGAAAAGAAACAUCAUUUUUUCAUCAUUCGGCUGCUCAUCAUACGGGUUUACACUGGCGUUUCAACAUCAUGUUUUCAUCUAUUCCAUCACUUUUUCUAUCACCCGUGGAUUCAUUCACUGGUUGCAUCGGGACUAGCGCGGGCUUGAACUUUGUUUUUUUUUUUUUAUCCCAAACAACAUAAACUCUGGCUGGUGUGGGGAAUCGCCGGAGUUGCAAUCCAAUCGGCUUCGCAUGGUUUUUGGGGGGGGCGACUGACUCGCUGUUGGUUGUUUUUAUACCCAUGGGAUUGUGAACGGUUUUAUUUUCAUUGAUUAUUAUUUCACGGGAUUUAUUGUAGAACAAUAUCUUUUAUAUUUUUGUUACAAACUAUUUUACGAUGGAGGGAUAAUGCGCGACGGGGGGUUGAGGAUGAAGGGCAUGGGCGGGAUUGAUACCCAGGUCUCGACAACUGAAUGGCAGGAAUACCAUAACAAAUAACAAUACAAAUUCAC